AAAUAGGCCUCCCCUUGAUUAUGGGUGUAUCUUUAGUAUUAUAUUGAUUAUAAAUGUUAGAUAUUACUUUUAUAUGAGUAUGGGUAUUAGGUAAUAAUUAAUUAAUUAUUAAUUAAUUAAUUAAUAUAGAUUUUAUUAGUUGUUCAAUGUAGAAAUACCACAAAUCCCAGCUAAGUUUGUAGUUUACUUGUCUAUGAUAAACAUUAAAAAAAUGGCUGGCUGCUAAAAACUUUUGCGGAUUGUAGGCUCCUAAACUUUGCAUCGUUACGCAUUUUCAUAUUACCACCGAAACAUUUGAAUUCGUUAAAAUGGCGGCUAACAUUUCAGAGAAUUAUUUAAAUAAAAUUGACGGCAUAAGAUCUCUUGGAAUCGAUAAAAUUGCGAAAUCUUGGAACAUAUCUUAUGCAGAUUUCUCAGAAAAUUAUUUAAAAUUGAAUAUACCGUGCAUGCUCUGUGAAUCAUUCACUGAUCAGUGGAGAUCGAGAAGGGAAUGGGUGAAGGAAAACGGCGAAGUAGAUUGGCAAGCUCUGAGGAAUUUAUUCUCUGAUGCUGAAGUGCCAGUUGUGGAAUGCACAAACAAAUCUUAUGGCUAUGACUCAGUCACCGUAUUAAAAAUGAAGUUUUCAGAAUUUGUCAAUUGCAUACAAAGCAAGGACCUUUGCUACUACCUGAAAGAUUGGCAUUGCACAAAACAGUUCCCUGAUUACAAAUUUUACGAUGUUCCACUGUAUUUCAAGUCAGACUGGUUGAAUGAAUUUUGGGAGGACAAGGAAGAUGAUUAUAAAUUUGUAUACAUAGGACCUAAAGGCUCAUGGACUCCUCUCCAUGCAGACGUCUUGAGGUCGUACAGCUGGUCAGCUAAUGUUUGUGGCAAGAAGAGAUGGGUUAUAUAUUACCCUGGUUGUCAGCCCAUGGGUCCACAUGCUAAUGAAAAAAAUCAAGAUGGCUCAAAAUUUGAAGUGAUUCAAAAUGCAGGAGAAAUAAUAUUUAUUCCAAGUGGAUGGUUUCAUGAAGUUUAUAAUGAGGAAGACACAAUAUCCAUCAACCACAAUUGGAUUAACGAAUACAACGUUGGCAAAAGUUGGACAUUUUUAAAGUCAAGACUACUCGAUGUUCAAAAAGAAAUACAAGAAUUCAAACAGGAGCCAGAUUUUCUUCUGCAGUGCCAGAGGAUAUUGAGAGCUGAUAGCGGCAUGGACUACAUGGACUUCUUCAACUUUCUGCACUGCAUAUCAUCAAAAAGAAUGAAUUCAAUGUUAACAAGAAAUACAGCACACCAAUCAUUUCUACAAUCAGAUGUCAAUUUGACACACAACUGCAACCACACAAGCAAAAUUCAAGAUGAUGAAUGUGUCGAGCAGUUGCAAACUAUUUUGUGCUUGUUGGGUUGCAUGGUUGAAGAUUGUGACUUUAAGACUUUAUUGAGUGACAAUGAAGAUAGAUUUGUUAUCAAUCCACUACAUUAUUUCAAAUUAUUACGUGAAUAUUAUGAAAAUAUAAAAUAAAACAUAUCUUGAAACAA